UACAGACUCACCCGCCUCGAGGGUUCAGGUUUCUUCCUUCCUCAACUGCUUUAAUCAUACCAACUGUUCGUUGUCACACUCGUUUGAUUCUCUCCCACUUUCCGACGUCCCAAGUUCCACAAGCAUCCCCAUCACAUCUCUUCCAACAACAUCAACAUCUACGCAUUCUUCGUUUAAUUAAAUUCUUUUUACGAAAAACCCUCAUCUUCAAAAUGCAAUUCUCAUCUGCUCUCGUGGCCGCCGCUGCUCUUGCAGUCGCCAACGCCGUAUCCUUCACCAACACAGUCUUCAACGAUGUUACUGCUGGUCAACCAUUUACCUUCACAUGGAAGGACAACCAGGGACCAGUCACCAUCCGCCUAAAGAACGGUCCUUCCACUGACCUCAAGGAUGUCAGCGUUAUCACCAGUAAGGAUUGGCACGCAGAGCUUCAAAUUCAUGCAAUAACUAACGCGAGAAAUAGGCGCUCAGACCGGUGGCUCAUAUGUUUGGAACGUCCCAGCUACCUUGGCCCAGGACACCUACGCUUUCGACAUCGUUGACUCUACUGGAGUUCCAAACUACAGCUCUCAAUUCGAGUUGAUCGGUGGUGCUGCUCCUUCACCAUCCGCCUCGGUCUCCUCUGCAGUCUCAUCUGUUUCUGCCUCCGUCUCAUCUGUUCUCUCAUCCGUCUCCGCAUCCGUCACCUCUGCCGCUUCAUCUGUUAUCUCUUCUAUCAGCAGCAACACCACCACCACUGCUACCUCCAGCUCCCCCACCAGUGCUGGAAACGCCACCGUUACCUCUGGCCGCCCAUCAAGCACCUUGGCUUCGUCUGCCAGCCGCACUGCCAGUGGUAGUGCCGCAUCUGGAACCACCACUGCUGCCCCAAGCAGCGGUGCUUCCGACAUUGCUUCCCCACUUGCCUUGGUCUUCUUGACCGUCGCUGCUCUUAUCAGCCUCAACUAAGUUUCCUGACUUUUUUGUUCUCCGAUUCUUGUUUAUAAGACUUUAUUAAUUGGGAGGGUGGUUCUUGCAUAUCUUUCGGUGUGGAGUAAUUGAUAAACAACAACUCAUUGCAUGGACAACCAACGACAGGGGAAACACCACGGUCGAGCGUGCACAUGGUCACAGCUUUUGCAUUUUUUGGAAGGCGUAACGAAGAAGAAUUACUUUUUACGAAGGGAUGCCUCGUUACCAUCUCGCUCCUUGGGGAGUUGGUAAUGGGGAACUAAUUGUAGCAUGCU